CCAACAACCACUCUUGAACCAACGACUACCCUAUUGGAAACAACAGUACUACCAACAACCACUCUUGAACCAACGACUACCCUAUUAGAAACAACAGUACUACCAACAACCACUCUUGAACCAACGACUACCCUAUUGGAAACAACAGUACUACCAACAACCACUCUUGAACCAACGACUACCCUAUUGGAAACAACAGUACUACCAACAACCACUCUUGAACCAACGACUACCCUAAUGGAAACAACGACGAUACUAACCACUGCUAUACUCCCAACAACUACCCUCGAAAGUGAACCACCAGCUAGUACACAGAUACCAGUUAACGGAGGUCCUGGUACCUGGUCAGCAUGGGGAGCGUGCUCUACCACAUGCGGAGAUGGAGA